GCUUUGCGCUGCAAGUUGUUGUUGUUGAUUUCGGCGAGCAAAACAAGUGUUCAUUUAGAAUUUUAGAAUUUUGUGAUUGUAGAAUAUUUUAUUCCGGGAAAGUUAACAGAAAAAAUUUUUCUUUGUUUAUUUUAUAUCGUGGAAUAUAUUUCGGGCUUUGUUCCAGCUGCUGCAUGCGAUGUCUUUUCAGAGAUUUUCCUGUAACUGUAUAUAAGCUGUCAUUUAUACAAUGAACACAGAGAUUUUGGGGUUACUGUGUAACCCUAUGAAAUUAGAACGAGACAGAGCUGUGGGCGAAUUACAAAAAUUUCUGCCUGCAUGUAGCAAAGCGGAUCGUCUUGAGUUUCAGUCAAAUCUGCUGCAGUUAAUAAGUGACACGGAAAGCCCUUGGGAAACUAAGCACGGCUGCCUUUUGGGAGCAAAGUCUUUGAUACCUUAUGCUAAUCUUGAAAGUGAGAGAGAGAUAGAUUUCCUUCAUCAGAUGAAAUCCGUUGCAGAAAAAUUGUUAACUGAUGUUGAAGUUAGGGUUCGUUUGGCAGCGGGCGAGGUGCUGGGGUCCCUGUGCGCCAAGACGGGGCCCGACGUGUACGCGCAGUGCAAGGACCACGUGCUGCAGCUGGUGCAGAGCAGCCUUGACAGGCAGCCCCUGGAGGGCGGGGGCUCGCGGCAGGAGCAGCUGGAGACGGAGAAACUGGUGGAGAAGCUCGCCAGCUCGUCGCAGAAGCGGUACAGCGCGGACGCGGCGCAGCUGUUUCACGACACGGCCGGCUGGAAGCACCUGGAGACGAGCCUGAAGGGCCUGCAGGCCAUGGUCGAGGGCUGCGGCACGGACUUCCAGCCCUUCGUGGACGACGAGCUGCUGGCGCUGGUGUUCCAGGCGCUGGCCCACGCCAACCGCUUCGUGCGCGAGACCGGCUUCUACGUGUGCGCCGCGCUCGUCUGCUGCGGCAACACCAGCCAAGAUGACGAGGGAAGAGACAGCGUGGGCGUGGUCAACCCGAUCUACGCCUACGGCCACGAGUUCAGUCGACGUCUGGCCAAGGGCCUGUCGGACAACUGGAGUCAGGUGCGCCUGGCGGCUUGCGUCGCGGCCAGGAAGUUCCUCACGUCGCUGCCCAAUGACGAGGCCCGAGAAGUCUUCUUCCCGGACCUGCUGCCCCAGCUGUGUCUCAACAGGUACUACGUGGCGGAGGGCGUGCGCAUCUACUCCCAGGAGACGUGGCGCCAGGUGACGGGCUGCCGCGGCCGGGACCUGGUGCAGCGCCACAUCGCUGUGGUGGUCGACCACUACACGCAGGCCACGGAGAGCGACAACCACGCCGUGCGCGAGGCGGCGUGCGCCUGCAUUGCCGAGCUCGCCUCCAAGAUACAGGCGCGCGCCGUGCGGCCGUACGUGUCGCGCCUGCUGCACACGCUGCUGCUGUGCUUCCGGGACGACAGCUGGCCCGUCCGUGACGCGGCGUGCGUGGCGUGCGGCCACUUCGUGCUGUGCUUCCCCGACGAGGCGCACGGGUCCCUGGCGCUGCUGUACCCGCUGUUCUUCGCGAACCUGGGCGACCCCAUCGCGUCGGUGCGGCAGGGCGCGGCCGCGGCGCUCGGGAACGUGGUGCGCGCGUACGGCCGGGAGGCCGCGGCGCGCGUCAUGGACCAGGUGACGCAGGGCCUGAAGGGCGUCCGCAACCAGCCCGCAGAGAGCGACAAGUACCACGACCCCGGCAAGGGAGCGGCCGUCUUCGGCGCGGUCAAGAAGCUGCGCGACAAUGACACGGACCUGCACUCGGACAACGUGAUGUACUCGUGUGGGUCCCUGGCGCCGCGGAUGGGGCGGGGCGGCUGCUCGGACCACAAGUUCCGCAGGCCUUCCCAGCCAUGGGAGAUGGCCGAUGGGUGCGUGCACAUGCUGGCGGAGCUGUCCCAGGUGGCGGAGACGUCUCCCGCCGUGUUCAACACCUUGCCCCUGGUGGCGGAGGCCUGCCACCACCGCCACUACACCCACCACCUGGUCUUCAUCGAGACCGUGUGCAAGCAGCUGCCUGUCAUCGCGCGCGGCGUGGGCAAGCGCUCCUUCAAGGCCGUCGUGGAGGAGUUCUUCGACCCCGUGUUCUACGGCCUGGAGUGUGAGAACGCGCUCACGUCGAGUGCGGCCAGCCAGUGUCUGAACCAGCUGGGCGCGCUGCUGGGACCGACGAUUCUGCGCGCCAAGGUGCAGAACCACAACCCCAGCUACCUUCACCACUUGGACGCCAACGUCUACAUCGCUCCGUUCUGAAGGCGAGAACGCGGCGGGUGAGCGGGAUCCCCUUCCGUCAGUCUCCGUAAUGCUGUCCGUCAGCUUCGGCCCUCGAGCAUCUCUGCUGACCUUCGCCACACCACGCGAAGCUGUGUAUGUGUUAAGUGUGUAGCGUGCCCAUCGUUCCAUGCAUUAGCCGUUCUGGCAGUCCGCUCUUUAUGUCUGCUGAAGAUUACCACUGCUUGUUGGCCUACUCGUAAACAUGUGCUGAGGGCUACAGGAGCACAACUGCGAUAUAGCGCAGUGUUACGGACACAUUGAGUUGUCUCACGAGCAGAUGCAAAUUGAAUUAACCUUAUCUUACCGCCUUAACAGUUAGGAUUGUCAUGUGUUACUACUAUCCAAUUCUUUCUUUAUAUCAGUUGCCUAGAAUCCUUCAUUUUAUUUUGUAAUCAAACCAAUGAUAGAACUGAACUGUAUGUGCCAUAUUUCAGUUUAAUUGCUGUUUAAUUUGUGAUAUUGGGCAUAAUUUGCUAUUUGUACAAAUUUAUUUUAAAUUUUAUUCAGUGAUUGUUGUUGUACUUGUGAUGUGUUCGAAGCUUCUUCAACAAAACAAAAAUGGGAAGAUAGAUAGAAAUCUUAAGUGAAAAUAUAAUUAAAAACCAAAAUGAUUCAUUAUAGUUUCCAUUUAAAUUAAAAUUAAGAAUUGUAAAGUCAUAUUUAUAUGGAAUGUAAUAUAGGUAUAUAUAUAAAUAUAUAUGCAGAAAAAUCAUGAAAUUUUCACAAGACUGAAAUGAAAAUUGAAGUUGUACUGUUCUCAAUUUUUAUAUUUUAUAUUUAAGGACGUCAUAUAUUCAAGGUUAUCUUGUACAACUGAAUGGUAAAUAUUUUCAACAAUACAGAAUUCAAAUUGAUAAUUUUAUAAAUUCAGUUCUUUCAUUCAAAAAUAAUAUAAUGAACUCCAAAAUAGCACAGUAAUUUCAUGUAAACCAAAUGAACUUUUGUUAGGCAAACUUGAAAAUUUUAGUUUUAUUGACAUUCAUUUCAAGAAUUUAUCAAUUAUCAAAAUCAAAAACUGAUAAUGUUGAUAUUGAUUGUAUUAUGAUGGGUUCGUAAAGUGUGUCACUGUUUCUUACUACAGUCACUUGUUCCAUUAACUGACUUGUGUGAAUGUGUUAAGAACAACUAGCAAUGCAAGAGAGUGCAAGCUGUAUAAAUCCAUCGUCACUUGCCUUGUAUUGCCGUAGCAAUCCUUCCUGAGCUACGCCACCAUUGAUGAUAACGUUGUUUUCUGGUUCCACCUUGGGUAGCUGCUCGGAACUCGAACGACUCGCGCUCGCGAUGUGACCCCUGGUGUCGCGAUGUUCAUCAAGAGCAAAAACUUCAGCUGAACCCUCCUGGAUUCCAAAGAAAUUCAUUUUCCAGAAGCCCCAAGUUGUCCCCCAGAACCUGUUGCACCUUUUGAGCUGGGCGGCUGCCGGCGCCCCUCUUCGGAACGAGCUUGUGCCGCCUGUCCCCUGGUGCAGCCGCUGGUUGUUUUGGGUCUGCUCGCUGGCGACUGCUUCUGACUCGUUACAGAGCUUGGAUCUUCGUCUCCUGGCGUUUCUGCAAAACUCGUAGUCCGAGGCCAAGGUUAUGCUUUUGACGCCUCAUUACACGUUCUGACGUCACCGGGCGUUUUCUAGUGCUGCUCAUUCUAGUGGCGAUUUCUUUCCCGUCAGACAGCGAUACUAAGCAGCAACGCUGACGGUCAUAUGCUCUGGCAUUACGUCUUGCGUCACCACGUGAUCUUCUUAAGUCUGUCGUUCCUCGGCGUCUGACCGAUCCGUGCUGACGUCUGCGUAAAUCUCCCGAUGCGUCUUCCCUUUCAGUGUGAACCGUGCUUUGUUAAGUCUGGUUCUAUCUCUCUCUCGUUUGGGUUUCUUGUCUCACUUCUUUCUGCAGUGACUCGGAUUCGGUGAUUUGUGUGUCGUUUUUCUGCUACCACGGCCCUAUUUAUACAGCUAGCCCGUGGGCAGUUGUGCCACAAUGCGUCACAACCAAUAAGAACGUCUUAUUCAAAAAUACCAGCAUUGCAGAUAUUGAUGUGGCCGUUGCAUAACUCAUGGGCAUUCCGCCGGUCCCACCUGUGCUGGUUGCUUAUUCAUCCGGGUUGCCACUCGUUGGCCGCCAGGAGUCCCUAAACUGGCCACAGGUGUUGCUGCUGGUCACACCACAACAGGGGGCACCGGGAUUAAUCUGUAGAUCAAAGGAGCAGCGGGUCUGACAACUUUUUUUAUAUAGGUUAGCCUGCGAUCUUUAUCAGUUUUGGAUAGUCGCCAUGUAUAAAAUGUUAUAAUUAUAACACUUUACAAGCGAACAUCUCGCUUAACUUACAGACGCACCUCAUGUGGUUCUCGCAGGGAAGAAGUGAGAUGCGAACUGUCGGCAAUCAGGCGACAUUCCUGGCAGAGUGACUUUGGUCUGUGCAGUUCAAGACAUGGUCAAAGAAGUACUAUUUGACAUUUUUAAAAUAAAUUUUAAAAUAUGGAGAGAUGUAAAGAAUUGUUGUAAUGGAAAAGGAGGUUUAACUUGAGCGAAAGAAAUACCUUUCCUGUUCCCUUGGCUUGAGCUCUGCGUCCGGGCGACAGCGAGCCGGGGACGGUCGUAGUUGGAGGUGCAAUGAACUAGGAGAAUCGUGGCUAGACUGGGUCGAAGUGGAUGGAGACGUGACGAACCAGGGAUGUUGUGGCCAGUUGGGGUCAUAACCCGGAGCCAUCAGAACGCAGCCUCGCUGCGUAACAAACUAUUUCCUUACGUAUGUAGCGAUAAACAUUAUUUGUUUUGCCUGGACUGGACUGAGAACACAAGUUGGUUCUACUCACAGUGUCGUGGUUUCACUGUAAUUUACAUUUGGAAUCAUUUUAGGUAUAAAAGAAUUUUUUGACACUGGCCUAAGUAUUUGUUUAUUUUUUGUUAUAACUACUACUGUGGACAUUGUUCAUGUUCUUGCGAGGUCUUGAAACCUGUUAAGCAUGUAUUGACUGUGAAGUGUGUGCAAUAUAAAUGUGUCCUUUACAUUAUGUACAUAUUUGCGCAGCAUUGUCAUGAAUUUGGGGGUUCCUGUGCUAGCAAUUUUACUUAAUAAAGUGUACCUGUAAAACUGUUUUACUCCAGUAUUAAUAAAACAAUUAUUUAUUAAUUCCUAAGCACUUAAGUCUGAAGUACAUAAUAGUAGUAUGUACUUAAUUUUGCUAUUCUACGAACAUGAAGGAAGUGAGAGUUAUACUGGUAACAUGUUUGAUAUGAAAAUGUAAAAUACAGUAUUUUUCUAACUGAUAUGUUUUAGAAUAUAUCUAAUUGUUGGGACUUCAAUUACAGUGGUAAUUCUAGUUACAAACAUGAUGUGGUCAUGCUGGUAGAAAGAGACGGAACGUCGGUGUGACCAGUCUCUGCGAGACGGCGGACAGUGGUCGUAACUCGUAACACUUGCAUACCGUACUGAGUCUGUCAUGCUUUGCAUUGAUGUGCCAUUUCAUGUUGUGUCCAAUAUAUCGCUGUUUGCGUAGUACAAGAAAGUGUUUGAACUGUCACGACAGAUGCUGCCACGCACAUUUCCUUACCAGCCGCUGAUGUCAAACCAGUGUGUAAAGUGUGCAAUUGCUAGAAGUCUCUUUAGCUGCUCGCAGGAGCCAUCAUGAGUGUCUCGAAGCCGAAUGCUUGUGCUGCUGCUACGUCCCGGGAGCUAACUUGUGCGGCCAGAAGUCUGUGAGCUGUCAGCGCAGGUUGAGGGCGUGAUGUGUGUCAGUGGAGCACAUACCGCCAGUUCAGGAGUGGACCACUAGUGCAAGAGGCAAUGAAUCUGAAUUUAGUGGGAUUCUCAUUCUUACUACUAUUUGAAUUUCAUAUUCAUAUUCGCGAGUAAUUUUAUAUUUGUAUUUGAUCUAAAAACUGAUAUUCGCACAUGCCUAGUUGAAACAUGUUCUGAUUAGAGGGUCUCGGUUCUGCCAAUUCUCAGCAAAUUAACCAGCACUGAGAACUGUAAUUAUAAUGUUGUACUUGUACCACAGAAAGCCUAACAACCAAACCUUUCCUCAAUGAAUAAAAAGAAGAAGAAAAAAAAUACACUCCCGGAAUUGAAUCGAGAACUGGGGAAAAAGUAGAAACGAUACAUCACUAGUUCUGAUAAGUAUUUGUAUUUUUAUGUACAUAUUUAUCUUAUACUGCAACAUUGAUUGAAGAGACAGGGACAGAAGGAAUACACUGGAAAACUGUCUACGGCAAGAGUGUGGGAUAAUUUUGAGACACCUUACCAGUGUGUGCUGGUUGCUAGAGAUUGUGAAAUAAAGUCUGACACGAGAGUUCAAGCCCUCUGUCACACAGUAAGGUCUUCUCCUGGGCUUAAUGUAAGUCUGCCACACACAAUUGCUGCGUACUGCCCCAACCACUCGUUUAUUGUGCCGGUACAUUCCGAGCAAGGGAUCCAGAUCCGAGACUUCUGGCCUGGACUGUACAUGUGUUUGCAAAUUGAUUUACAUGUUUACUAGUUAUGUAUUUUCUGAAAGAUCAAAUACAUGUUUAAAAAUUAACACUA